GUGGCGCGAGCGCACCAAGUCUAGCGUGUUUCGCGCUAAAAGAUGGCUUCUGAGGCUUCCUUGCCCACCGGAAAGAUGGCGGACCGCUGCGACUCAAUGGCAUACCAUCGAUGACGGGCGAGGAGGGGGACGUGCUCCAAAUUCCCAAGCACGCCUUCCCUUAUUCCUUGGGUAGACUCUCGGUCCCGGGGCUGCGCCUCUAUGGUGGCCGCCGAAGUCGCUUUGACAGCUGAGGCUUAAGUACACGCCCGCGCGAGAAUUCGGCUUUUUCUCCCCGUUUCGACGCGCUCCCCCCAUUUUGAGCAGGAUGGAAAAAAAGAAAAUUUUAAUGAAAUCCAGUGUUGCUGCCUCCAACCUCCUGAGAGCAUUACAUUCUCUCUAUCAAUUUGGACAUUUUUGUGAUGUUACAAUAUACACAAACCAGCUGGGUAUCCAACAAGAAUUUUACGUCCACAAAGCUGUUUUAGCAGCUUCUAGCAAUUACUUUAAAAGCCUUUUUCUCAAUAAUGAAAUGAAUAACGUCAAAAGCUGCGCAGUGAUCCUCCAGGAUAUUCAGGCUGAAGACUUUGUCUCCUUCCUGAAGUUUGUCUACACUGCAGAGUUAGAAAUUGAAGUAGACAGACUGCACCAGAUCAAGGAGCUCGCUAAAAGAUUUGAAUGCCAAGAUCUGCUUGAAAUUUUUGAAGAAAUGAAGGUUGUAGGUGGAAACUUGGAACCAAAUGUUCAUUUGGAAAAAAACAAAGGUGUUAGAUUGCCUGGGAAUCAAACAGAACUUGAAGGAGAAAAAGCACAGCAUGAUUUAUCUCAUGUUUUGGCUGCUGCACUGAUGAAGAAGAAUCAUUUGGGGAAAAGAACAAACCAUCCAAAACCAACCACCAAUUUUGAUGAUAUUAAAAAUAAACAUCUAAACCCUAAUGAAGACAGGAUUGCGAGUUGUAAUUCCAAAGAUGAGUCAGCAACGACGUCUGAGCAUAUCAGUGUGACUGACUGUCCUUCAAUAAAUGAGGAGGACUUGAAGGAAGCCCACAUCGCUUUAAGCAGGAUAUUGCCUGACCAAAACGAUGACAGUAGUUUGACGCUUUCUAAGGCCAAACUCAGAAAGUCAACCCGCAGUAUAUCAAAAGCCUUGCCAAGAUCAUAUGCCUGUGACAAGUGUAAUCAUUUAUUCCAUUUUGCUGAGCAGUACCAAUCACAUAUUGAUCUGGAGCAUAGCACAAGCUUGGGAAUUAAGUAUAGCUGCAGUAUAUGUAGCCAACUCUUUCCCAAUGGUCACAGCCUAAGGCAACACAGGCUCACUGUCCACAGCCGACAGCGGACCUUCCCUUGUUUGUUGUGUGACAAAAAGUUUCAGCGCCAGAAGGAUAUUGAUGCUCAUAUCCGCAUGAUUCAUGAAAAGAAGCAGCAUCCUCAAAAAUGCCCCUACUGUGACAAAGUCAUCAGCUCCAAGUGUGGCCUGACAGUUCACAUACGAACCCACACAGGAGAGAAGCCUUAUAAGUGUCAGUGUUGCCCAGCCAGUUUUGCUCAGAGGUCAGCCUUUAAUACUCACGUAAGGUCACACACAGGUGAAAAGCCAUAUAUCUGUGAGGAGUGUGGGGCAUCUUUUGCUGAUAAAGGCAAACUUAAUGGCCAUAAGAGGACACAUACAGGAGAACGCCUCUUCAGAUGUGAUGUGUGUGGGAAACAUUUUGCUACCAAUGAAUAUUUAAAAUGUCACAAGCGUUGCCACAUGGGAGCUAAGCCGUACAAGUGUGAUGUGUGUGGGAAAACCUUUGGAUUGAGAGCUUCAUUAGCCCAACAUAGUAAUGUUCAUGCAGAGACUCCUCCUUAUUUCUGUGAGCAGUGUGGAAAGACAUUUACUCAGCAAGGAGCUCUAAGACGUCACCAGCGUAUUCACACUGGUGAAAAGCCAUAUAAAUGCAGGGCUUGUGAAAGAACCUUCACAGAUAUGUCUACCCUGAGGAGGCAUGUAUUGGUCCAUGAUCGGAAUGCUCAUUGGAGAAGUUUCUUAAUAGAUCUUACUAUCAAAAAGGAUCAUAACUGGUCCAAAAUAGAGACUUUGUCCACUGUUUGUAUGGAAGAGAAUUCUGCUACAGUUUGGCCUGACUGCCAAGAGAAAUGCUACACAUCAGAAAACACAAAUGUUAAAAAAGUAGAACAGAUACCAGGCAGUAGCAAUGUGAAAGAAUCUCAACCUACCCUUAUGCUUUUAUAGCUAUUAACAAUUAAAGUUCAAUAUGGAUAUUAUAAACUUCUCAUAUUGUUUCAAUUUUUUCCCUGUAUAGGAAGAUUUCAAAUGCCUGUAGGAUCCACAAAUAGAUAUGGCGUCAGCUUGGAUAUGGAAUGUUUUCUAAGUGAGCUUUCUCUUAGUUUAAAAUGGUAAAUGUUAACAUUUUACUACUCAUUUGAAGACUUUUUUUUGUUUCUUUUUUUUAUUGAAAAAGUUUUAACAAACAAAAACAUUUUUCCCCCUUUCCCCCCCUCCCCCCUCCCCGCAAAACCCCCUUCCCCCCUCCCUUCACCCCCCCCCCGCUUCCCGGGUCAAUCACAAGGUAUUGUUAUACAUAAACCAAACAUAGCAUAAAAUUUUCCCUUCUAAUCCAAUUAACCUCAUCCAAAUCUUUUCAUUUCCUAACCCCCCCAUUAUAUAAAAUAAUACAUCCUAAUUAUUCAAAGGCAAUCUGAUAUCUCUUAAUCUGAUAUCUUUUGAAGACUUUUUUUUGUUUGAGUACAAUAAUAAAGACAAAUCAACAACUUUGUUACAUUUAUUUACUAACUUUUAUUUGUACAUAAUAAAAAUGUAAACCUGUAUCCAACAGUAGAAAACAUACAUAGCUCCAGAUUAAAUUGUUGAAUCCAUCUUCUCUAAUCCUGCUUCUCUUCCUGAAGAUGUUUUAUUACCAGUCUAAGUAAUAUCAGUGCAUGGGGAAAUGAAGUUCAUUGACUGUUUACAUAUGGUAGUUUGCUCUACCAGCCUUGGUGAAGUAUUAUCUAAAAUUCAAGGUAAUAAAAAUAAUAGAGGAAGAGAAGUAAUCUGACCUAUUCUAUUACAGAAGUAAUAGAAGGUAAUUCUUAAAUUAUAUUUGUAAAUGAUACUUGCUUUUGAGUAAUUGUAGAAUUACAUAGUCAGCUAUUGCCUAAUUAAUGUUGCCUGAGAGAAAAGGAUUAGGGAAAAGGGUGCAUGGAAGAAACUGAAGGACAUAGAAGUUCCAGUUAUAAGAGACCUUGGUAUGUUGGAAAAUAUAGUGCUGGAAUGAAAAGAGGACAAGGUCGUGAAAGCCUUUGAAAAUAAGACUAAGGCAUGUUUUGCUGGAUUUGGAGGACAAGAAGCCCAUAAAGAAGAAGCAUCUGAUUAAAGCAUGAUAAGUUAGUAUUUACGAAGUGCUGUAUAAAUAAAAAAAGCAAAAUGAAGAGAAAAAUAGAUUCUAAUACUAGAGCAAGCAUUCUGUAGAACUUAAAAGAUCACCCAAAGAAUGAAUACAGAUUUUUUUUGGGGGGGGGAUUUCCUUAUAGAGAUACUUAUGUAAUUGGAGCACCUUUAGAUAGUAGAGUUGUAACAUACAGAAGAAAAAUGGGAUAAUUUAUAAUAAAGUGUUUUAUAUAACUAAAUACUUACACUACCGUAUUUAGCAGUAGUUAUAUAAGUAGUUAUAUAAAGCGAGAACUGGGAUCCAAUCAUUUGUUUCUUUCUGAUCUUUAUUUUUUGAGAUACUGCUUUUAGGGCUGCUGUGCUCCCUACAAACGCAGGCAAUUGUGAAAAAAGGCACUAAAUUUGGUGCUUCCCAUGCAACUAUUCCACAUACUUUGCAUUGUAAACAGAUUGAGGGAGUUGGUUCAUAUCCAUGAUGUUUGACUCUUGUUUAAGUUUGCUGGUAUUCUACUUUUGUGUUGGGUGAUUUGCAUACCCAUG